AGCGGUAAUGGGGUGAGGAGGACUACGGAACGUGACGCCUGCAAUUCACGGAACCGGCUCUUUGGGCAACCGCCAAUCAGACUGUCUCCGGUGACGCGCGAGCGCGAUACCGCAUUAGGAGAAUUACACAACAAACCGACAACAAUAAUACGCGGGAUAAACGAUAAUUCUGUGCAUAUUCGAGAUUAAUCAAGUGACGCACUUGUCACUUUUGAAUAUUAGAAGUUAGGAAAAUAAUCUAAUAAACAUGUUGUUUUACUCCUUUUUUAAAUCCUUGAUCGGAAAAGACGUUGUGGUCGAAUUGAAGAAUGACUUGAGUAUUUGUGGUACGCUUCAUUCGGUAGAUCAGUAUCUCAACAUUAAAUUGACGGACAUCAGUGUCACAGAUCCUGACAAAUAUCCUCACAUGCUUUCAGUUAAAAAUUGUUUCAUCAGAGGGUCGGUAGUCAGAUACGUACAAUUACCUGGUGACGAAGUGGAUACUCAAUUGCUACAAGACGCAGCAAGAAAAGAAGCUGCCGUUCAAACUCGAUAACAGAAAUUUGUCAUAAGAAAAAUCACAUUUAUGAACAUUUUAUAUCUUCCGCUUGUAAGCAACUGCAACAUUCUUAUUUUUCAAAAAUAAAACAAACAAGAAAGACAAAAUA